AUGAGUGUCACUUUCGAUGUUUUCCGUGGAUCGCAGGAGGGAAAGAUCGUUGAAGAUACAACAACCCGAACCUUAGGCUUUAAUGAAGUUUAUAUCGAGACCACACAUUCUGGUCUGUGUGGAACGGACGAGCACUUCUUGAAGUCCGGGCAGGUCCUUGGCCACGAGGGUGUUGGAAUUGUGCGUCAGAUCGGCCAGAACGUCAACAAUGUCAAGGUCGGCGAAUAUGUUGGAUUCGGAUUCACCCACUACGUUUGCGGAACCUGUGAAAAAUGUCUGAAUGGCUGGGAUCAAUACUGUGAGAACAAGAAAGAAUACGGCUCCCAUGAUCAUGACCUGGGAUCCUUCAGUCGUGGUGUUGUCUGGGAUGCCGGCUGUGUAGUUCCUAUUCCCCAGGGCUAUGACCCUGCUGAUGCGGCACCUCUUAUGUGUGCUGGUGCAACUGUCUGGACUAUCCUGAGUGAAUAUGGUGUCCGCUCGACUGAUAGAAUUGGAAUCAUGGGCAUCGGUGGUCUGGGCCAUCUGGCGAUUAAGCUGGCAGCUGCUAUGGGCUGCCAUGUCGUGGUCUUCUCCAGUUCCGAGGCCAAGCGAGAAGAAGCCUUUAGCUUUGGUGCUUCCGAGUACCAUGUAUUCAAAGCUGGCCAGAAGCUGGAAGAUUGCAAGCCAGUUAAGCACCUUCUGCUGUGUGGUAGUGCUAAUGUUGAUUAUUCCUCCCUCAUCCCCUUGAUGGAUACCAUGGGAUCAAUUUACCCAUUGACAGUCGACUUUGCGCCAUCUCCAGUUCCAAUGCUGUCCCUGAAUAUGAGGGGAAUCCGUGUGCAGGGGUCCCUUGUUGCCUCUCGGCAAAGCCUCCGGUCCCUGGUGCAAUUCGCUGCGGACAAAAAAAUUGUGCCGACCACAAUGAAGUUCCCCUUGAACAAGGAAGGAAUCGAAGAAGCUAUGGAGACUCUCCGCCAAGGUCGCAUGCGCUAUAGAGGUGUGUUAGUACGUCAAUAG